AUGCCCAGCCCCGUGCCGCGAGCCAGCCGGCCGCCCGCUCCCCGGGGCGCUCGGCUCCAGCCCGGGUCCCCCGCGCCCCAGAGCCACUCCGCGCGCCCAGGCACGCCCCGCGCUCCCGGGCGCCUCGAGUCCUCCUUCUCCGUCGAGGCCAUCCUGGCCAGGCCCGGCCCCCGCGCGCCCGCCACCCCCCCUGCCUUGGGCCUCGGGACCAUUCCCUUUCGGUCCCCGGCCCCGGUUGUGCCCUGGGCGUGCCCGGCGACGUGGCUGCCCGCCUACCUGAGCGUGGGGCUCUACCAGCCGUGCCCUCAGCCCCCUGUGCUGGGGUUGCGCGUGGCUCACUUCUGCGGCCUCCAGGGCCUCGGCGUCACAGGCUUGGAGCUGGCUCACUGCCCAGGCCUAUGGGGCCCCCCAGACUGGGCACCGGUGGAGGCCCUUCAGGCCACUGAGAGACCCCAAAAGAGAGUUCGAACUAUGUUUAAUUUGGAGCAGCUGAAAGAGUUGGAGAAAGUGUUUGCAAAACAGCACAAUCUGGUGGGGAAGAAGAGAGCCCAGCUGGCUGCCCAGCUCAACCUGACGGAGAACCAGGUGAGGGUCUGGUUCCAAAACCGCAGGGUCAAGUAUCAGAAGCAGCAAAGGCUGAAACUGCCCGCCACGUCUGCCAUUGCUGCAUCCCUGGAUGAGCCCUCCAGCAGCUCCGACACCAGCAUCCAAAGAGAAGAUACCGAGUCAGAAGUGGACAGCUGA